AUGGUCCUUCUGCUUCGAUAUAUAACCGCAAGUUAUGUCUUUCAAGAAAAUCAUUCACUCGAUUUGUAUUUCCAAGUUCAAAGUAUGGACUCUGGAAAAUUCAUUCCCACUCUCAUUCAUGAUUAUGUAUUGAAAGAAGUUCUUCCCAUGGGUGUAGAGGCUGAAGAGAUUCAAAUGAAUUCCUUAACCUCUGUGUUGAGAGAUUGGAUGAAAGCAUGUGAAGUGAAUUUUUGUUUUCAAUUGAAUAUUUAUCAUGUCAGUAAUUCACAGGAGAGACUUGUUUGUUUGAAAUAUCCUUCUUCCGUGCAAGAAGAUUCACGUGGUGUGGAUUCUAGUGAAGAAACACUUGAAUCGUUGUUGUUGUUGAAGGGAAUGGAACGAUUCAAUGCUUGCAUUUCAUUGUUGUUUCGACCUGGACAUUACGAUUCGAUCAUUUAUGCUCCAAAAAAGUAA